AUGGCUUCCCAAUACAAUACUACUAUUCCCUUGAACAAAGCCCAGGCUCAACCCUUUCCACUUCCCGUUUACGAAAGAGAAUUCGAGCAGCAGAAGCUGCAGAAUCUUGCUUAUGCUUCAUACGUAGGACUCAUUACAUGUCUAUCAUGGAAUCUCUUUGCUGUAACUUGUCUAUGGAUUCUUGAAGGGUCAGAUUAUAUAACGUUGAUUUUGGCCAUUGCACUCUUGUUUCUUGGAGCUCCCACAGCAUAUGCAACUUGGUAUCGUAAUCUUAGUCUUGCUUUUAGAGAAGAAGAAGGAGAAAAUGGUUCCAAGCUUUAUCAGGUCUUUCUGGUGUACUAUUUUCUCCAAAUUGCCUUCUGCUUUUAUGCUUCGAUGAAUUUUCAUGGAAGAUACAUCACAGGGAUCUCGACUGCUGUUGAUGUUUAUUUGGAUAAUAAUAAUUUGAUGAUUGGGAUCUUCUACUUGAUCGGUUCUGUGCUUUUUUAUCUUGAACUCUUGCUCAGUUUUUGGGUUCUAAUUCGUGUAAAAGCUUAUUACAGUCGCCGUCAGGUUGGUUUAUCCUCUGUCGGGAUUUAG